GGAAGAGAACUUCACAGCGCCGGAAGUGGCCGGCAAAGGCUACCUCGUGGAGAAGGCGGCAUGGGGCAGUCGGGGCGGUCCCGGCACCAGAAGCGUGCGCGCGCCCAGGCGCAGCUCCGCAACCUCGAAGCGUACGCCGCGCAGCCGCACUCGUUCGUGUUCACGCGGGGCCGUGCGGGGCGCAGCGUCCGACAGCUCAGCCUGGAUGUGCGGCGGGUCAUGGAGCCGCUCACCGCCACCCGCCUGCAGGUGCGCAAGAAGAACUCUCUGAAGGACUGCGUGGCUGUGGCAGGGCCCCUGGGGGUCACCCAUUUCCUGACCUUGAGCAGAACAGACAACAGCAUCUACCUGAAGUUCAUGCGCCUCCCAGGGGGUCCCACCUUGACCUUCCAGAUCAACAAGUACACGCUGGUGCGCGACGUGGUCUCCUCGCUCAGGCGGCACCGCAUGCACGAGCAGCAGUUCACCCACCCGCCCCUGCUGGUGCUCAACAGCUUCGGCCCUCAUGGCAUGCACGUGAAGCUUAUGGCCACCAUGUUCCAGAACCUGUUCCCCUCCAUCAACGUGCACAAGGUGAACCUGAACACCAUUAAGCGCUGCCUCCUCAUCAACUACAACCCGGACUCACAGGAGCUGGACUUCCGCCAUUACAGCAUCAAGGUGGUCCCUGUGGGUGCCAGCCGGGGCAUGAAGAAAUUGCUGCAGGAGAAGUUCCCUAACAUGAGCCGCUUGCAGGAUAUCAGUGAGCUGCUGGCCACGGGCGCUGGGCUAUCAGACAGUGAGGCAGAGCCCGACGGGGAGCACAAUAUCACGGAGCUGCCACAGGCUGUGGCAGGGCGUGGCAACAUGCGAGCCGAGCAGAGUGCUGUGCGGCUCACAGAGAUCGGUCCCCGGAUGACGCUACAGCUCAUCAAGAUCCAGGAGGGCGUCAACGAGGGCAACGUGCUGUUUCACACUUUUGUGCACAAGACUGAGGAGGAGCUUCAGGCCAUCCUGGCAGCCAAGGAGGAGAAGCUGCGCCUCAAAAUGCAGAGGCAGGACCAACAGGCCCAGAACGUGCAGCGCAAGCAGGAGCAGCGCGCAGCCCACAAGAAGAAGAGUCUGGCAGGCAUGAAGAGGGCACAGGCUGGUGCUGACGGGGACAGUGAUGCUGAGGACCCUGGGGUACCCCCAGAGGUGGAGAGCCCAGCCAAGCAGGAGGAGGAGGAGGAAGAGGAGGCCGAGUACUUCCGCCAGGCUGUGGGCGAGGAGCCCGAUGAGGACAUGUUCCCCAGGGCCACCAAGCGGAGACGGCUCACCGGACCCCCCAGAAAGCAGACCAAGUCGAGGCCAGGUCAAGGCUCAGGUGCCAGGCCCUGCAACUUCUCGGCAGCUGCCAACAGAGAGCUCAGCCACUACCAGGAGAACUUCCUGUGGCCCAUCCUGGUGGCUGAGUUCCUGCUGGCUGUGGCUGGCAAUGGCCCGGCCCUGCACCGCUUCUGCACCCGGGAGCCCCGGCCCUGGAACCCGGCUGUGGUCUUCUCAGCACAGCUGGCGGUCAGCAACCUGCUGUACGCGCUGACGCUGCUGCCGCUGGCCGCCUACUUCUACCCGCCCAAGCACUGGCGCUACGGUGCAGUAGCCUGCCGCCUGGAGCGCUUCCUCUUCACCUGCAACCUGCUGAGUGGCACAGUCUUCCUCACCUUCAUCAGUCUCAACCGCUACCUGGGCGUUGUCCACCCCUUCUUUGCACGCAGCCACCUGCAGCCCAAGCACGCCUGGGCAGUCAGCAUUGCUGGCUGGGGCCUGGCUGCCCUGCUGGCUGCCCCCACACUCAGCUUCUCUGGCCUUAAGAGUACGAUGGCAGUGGGCAAGUGCAAUGCCACCAGACCCGAGGCCUGCACUGAGUGCCAGGGAACUGUGGACCCCCACCAGCUUGGGGCCUACAGAGCCUAUGGCCUGGCACUGGCUGGGCUCGGCGGGGCGCUGCCGCUGCUGCUCACACUGGCAGCCUACAGUGCCCUUGGCCAGGCUGUGCUGCGCAGCCCCAGCUUGCGGGCAGCCGAGAAGCUGCGUGUCGCAGUGCUGGUGGCCAGUGGGGUGGCGCUGUACGCUGUCUCCUACGUGCCCUACCACGUCAUGCAUGUGCUCAACGUGGACGCCCGGCAGCGCUGGCUGGCACACUGCCCUGACUUCCGCAGCGAGGCACAGGCCGUGCAGGAGCUGGAGCUGGUGCCCUACCUCGGCUACCAGGCCAUGCGCGGCAUCGUGCCGCUGGCUAUCUGCAUCCACCCACUGCUCUACAUGGCUGUAGUGCCCAGCCUGGGCUGCUGCGUGGAGCACCGGGGUGCAGAGGACCAGGGCCACAGACACCAAGCCCCGUCUCCCACCACUGGAGCCACUCCCAAAGCCUCAGCACCCAGGUCCCCGGAGAUAAACCUGCGACCCAGCUUAUCUCAAGUCACAGGUACUGGGAUGUGACGAGGACCCAGCGUG